AUGGACCCUGCACUAGACCGAUUCAAGAACACGAAUGAACUCGUCAUCAUCGUCACCUCAUUCCUCGAACCACAAGACAUCCUCUCAUUCCGUCUCAUCUCUCGCAAUGUCCACGCCAUCUGUCAACAGUUCUUCUACCGUGCCGUCCACCUCAACAACCGCUGGCCAUGUGACGCGCUGCAGGACCUAAACAUGCGUCUCCCGUUUGAUAUCACCGACGAAGCCUCAGGCCAAUUGACCAGCCCAGACAAUGUACCGUACUCUGAUACCGAACAAUUCCCCACGGCAGUUGUCAUGAACUGUCCAUCACUUGUCGAGUCACUUACUCUCUGUAUCGACCCCAUUCGGAGGGGUGAAAUCGAUCCAGAAACGCAACAACAGGACUUGGACGGAUUGAUGGACACCGCAUUGACACUGUUGUCAUGGCACGAAAGGAACCGUUGCAGCGGUGGCUAUCGAGACAACAUUAUCGCUCAGCGCCCCAAGGUGAAGAAUCUUCGCAAACCACAUGUGACACUUGAUGCCCAAGGAAAAAUGGCGCUCGCCAUCGUCAACUACAUGCCUCUCAACACCCUCGAAUCCUUUCAAUCCUUCCGGAGCUACAGGGACAACUAG